ACUGACAGUGCAGUUUCAAACACGAACGCGAUCAGAAUGUUUCAAGAGCGUUUCAAGACGAAUCCAUUGAAUCUAGUGAUCGCCACCGCCCUAUUAAUGGGCACUAUGGUCACAGUGAGAGCAUAUUCUGGCCUGAUACCGGCCGAUCCAGCAAGUCCCAAUAAAUGCAUUUAUCGUGGUGGUCCUCUAGAAUUGGGAGUUAAUAAUGGGAUUUCCCCAUGCCAACGAUUAACCUGUAACAAGGAUGGUUCCAUACUUAUAGAAGGCUGUGGCAAAUUGGCCAUUGAGAAUUGUAAUCGUGGUGAACGCAUCAAUCAGGGCAAACCCUUUCCGGAAUGCUGUAAACUAAAAUACAAAUGUCAACAGAAGGAUAGUCCGCCGUAUUUUAUUGAGCGAGACACCGCUGUUCGAACGUAGUAAUUAGAAGUCGUGAAUAGAAGGCUUAUCUAACACCCAAUUGGGCGGAAUUUCAUUUUUUUUUUUCGUUUGCCCCCCUACACAAAAACAAUGUAAUCUUCCGUGUAUAUUCCUUGGUUUCUUUUUUUUUUAAUUGCUUAUUUAUUUUGUGAAUUUUUCAAUGUAAAAUAAAUAUAUACCAUAAAUACUGGUAAGAAAGUGUGAUGUAA